CCCAUCAAGAAAGACUAACGUCGCUACCUGCUCUUUGUCUGUUUACAGUUUGUUUCCUUUGAGAGAAGUAGAAAUCAGAAAUGUUGAGUAACUGUGAGAAGAUGGUUGUCAUCUCUCCAACUACUAACGAAUGGCCACAGAAUAUCUCAUUUCCAUGACCUGUACCGUUAUUUUACCUUAACAAACACUCCCAUUCAACUCUUUCUUUCCUUCCUGUUUGGCUUUCGCUUAGUUAUUGCAAAGAUUUGAAUUCAGGUUCUUAAGCCUGCUUUUCUAAGUGCAGACUCAGGUAGAUGAGAAAAACCUGAUGGCAUCGAGUAGGCUUAUGGAAAAACCGACUCAUCAAGAUCAACAACUUCUUCAACAGCAGCAACAGCAACAGAAACAAGCCUUGAGAUGUCCUCGAUGUGAUUCCUCAAACACCAAGUUCUGUUACUACAACAACUACAGCCUAUCCCAGCCGAGACACUUUUGCAAGGCUUGUAAGCGUUACUGGACCAGAGGAGGCACCCUGAGGAAUGUUCCGGUGGGAGGUGGGUGCCGCAAAAACAAGCGCGUGAAGAGACCGGCCUCCGCCGUUGAUGGAGGCUCUUCUGCUCCUAGUACAAGCCCUAACACUACUUCCCAACCCCAGAUCGACAUCUCUUCUUCCUCAAAUCACAUCAACCCCUUGUUUUAUGGGUUAACCGGAAUCCCCUCUGAUAUGAGUCUUCCGUUUUCUAGGUUUAAUUCAACAGGGUAUGAUCUUCAGCCUCAGUUGAACGCACUUGGUUUAGGGUUUUCUUCAAAUCCUUUUCUUUCAACCUACUCCAUUUUUGGCUCCUCCUCCUCUUCCACCGCCACUGCCACUACGCCAACAAUCGCUUCUUUGUUGGCUUCCACUCUUAACCAACAUAAGUUCAUCAAUGGAGGGGCUAUCAAAAGCACUAGUGCUUACCAAACCCUAGGACCCUUUCAAGACCUGCAAAUGGGGGAAACCGAGCUGACCACAGCCAUGAAGGAGGUGAAGGUUGAAGAUGGGCAAAGCAGAAUGGAGUGGAAUGGGGGGUGCCAGAAUCAGAUGGAGCAAAUCGGGUUAUUAGAUCCUACUGUUUACUGGAACACAAGUAAUACUAUGGGAACUGCUUGGCAUGAUCAAGGAAACAUUGGCUCCUCAGUCACUUCUCUCAUCUAGCAUAAGCCGAAAACCUUCUUAAUUACUCUUCAAUCUGUCUCCCUCUUUUUUGGGUCUUUUUUAGUUUUCUACAGAUUACUUACUACUGUUUUUAGUGGCUAUGGUCAUAGUGGGCCGGGUAACACUACGGUAAAAAAAAAAAAAAGGGGGGAAAAACGCCAAUAAAAUUUUCAAAGCAUAGAUGGGAGAAGCUUGGAUCGGAGUGAUCAUGUCAGCAGCAAAAUUCAGCCUAUAGUUUUAUAGUCAAAGGUUGAGGGUACUCCAUUUGCGCUGAGAGGAACCUCGGAUCCUUGUCAUCUCAUCAUCAACAUCAUCAUCAAGGUGGAUCCUUUUAAUUUGGUGCUUUUUUUUUCUCAGUUGCGUGAGUUUUAAUUAGUUUCUGUUUGGUAUAUGUAAAUAUGCUUAUAUGUAUUUGUUAUAAGUUGGGGGACUGGGGGUAUAUGUUCUCUUGAAGUAGUGCUAAUAUUUCCUUUUUCUAUUUGUUUCACAUUUUACUCUUUGUGGUUUUAGGAGGGAGUGGGUAUAGUAUUGGUAUAGAAGAAAGGGGGAGAUGAAUUUGUAACUUCAAUGUGGGAACUUAAUCAAUGUGGUUGGUCUCU